UGACCAGCUGUCCCAGGCUAACCCUGCUCUCUGAAGAUGGAGGAAGUAAAAACAGGAUUACCCUUAGCUACAGCUCCACUGCCUUAGUUUCCAUAGCCAACUGCCGUGCACAAACACACCUCCACUAGGCAGAGAGAGCCGACACUAAUAAAAACACAAACAAAAGGGGGAUGGAAGUGAUUCACUGCCUGCGCGGCUGAGCACUGCACUUUGACUAUGGAAGCAGAGGCUGCUGAUGGAUAUAUAACAUCAGGUGACAAUGAGUUUUCGCCCGAAAGGGAGCACUCCAGCAUGGCCAUUGACCUCACCUCCAGCACACCCAAUGGGCAGCAUACCUCCCCCAGUCACAUGGCAAGCACAAAUUCAGUAAAGCUAGAAAUGCAAAGUGAUGAGGAAUGUGACAGGAAGCUCCUGAGUCAGGAAGAUGAGAUCAGGGCUCAUGAUGAAGGAAGCAGCCUGGAAGAACCCCUCGCUGAGAGUAACGAGAUGGUGGAUAACAGAAAGAUCCAGGAGCUAUCAAGCGAGGGAGGAAUCCGGCUUCCGAAUGGUAAACUGAAAUGUGACGUCUGUGGCAUGGUUUGCAUUGGGCCCAAUGUGCUAAUGGUACAUAAGAGGAGCCACACUGGUGAACGCCCCUUCCACUGUAACCAGUGUGGAGCUUCUUUUACUCAGAAGGGCAACCUGCUGAGGCACAUCAAGCUGCACUCUGGAGAGAAACCGUUUAAAUGUCCCUUCUGUAGCUACGCCUGCCGACGGAGGGACGCCCUCACAGGACACCUCAGGACGCACUCUGUGGGGAAGCCUCACAAGUGCAACUACUGUGGCCGGAGCUACAAGCAGCGCAGUUCACUGGAGGAGCACAAGGAACGCUGCCACAACUAUCUGCAGAAUGUCAGUAUGGAGGCUGCUGGGCAGGUCAUGAGUCACCAUGUACCUCCUAUGGAAGAUUGUAAGGAACAAGAGCCUGUGAUGGACAACAAUAUUUCUCUGGUGCCUUUUGAGAGACCUGCUGUUAUAGAGAAGCUGACAAGCAACAUGGGAAAGCGUAAAAGCUCCACCCCACAGAAGUUUGUGGGUGAAAAGCUCAUGAGAUUUGGCUAUCCAGAUAUUCCCUUUGAUAUGAACCUAACCUAUGAGAAGGAGGCUGAGCUGAUGCAGUCUCACAUGAUGGACCAAGCCAUCAACAAUGCAAUCACCUACCUUGGAGCUGAGGCACUUCACCCCUUGAUGCAGCACACACCAAGCACAAUUGCAGAGGUGGCCCCGGUCAUCAGCUCAGCUUAUGCUCAGGUCUAUCAUCCCAACCGGAUAGAAAGGCCCAUUAGCAGGGAAACAGCUGACAGUCACGAGAACAACAUGGAUGGCCCGAUCUCCCUCAUCAGACCAAAGAGUCGAACCCAGGAUAGAGAGGGCUCCCCCAGCAAUAGCUGCCUGGAUUCUACUGACUCAGAGAGCAGCCACGAAGACCGCCAGUCCUACCAAGGAAACUCUGCCUUAAAUCCCAAGAGAAAGCCAAGCCCGGCUUAUAUGAAGGAGGACGCCAAGGCUUUGGAUGCCACAAAAGCUUCUAAGGGCUCUUUAAAGGAUAUCUACAAGGUCAUCAAUGGAGAAGGGGAGCAGAUUAGGGCUUUCAAGUGUGAGCACUGUCGCAUCCUUUUCCUGGACCAUGUCAUGUACACCAUCCAUAUGGGCUGCCACGGCUACCGGGACCCACUAGAAUGCAACAUCUGUGGCUACCGAAGCCAGGACCGCUAUGAGUUCUCAUCGCACAUAGUCCGAGGAGAGCACACAUUCCACUAGGCCUUCUCAUCCAAAGGGGACUUGUAUGAAGUAGAAGAACUGCACAUGAAGAAAUACUGCACUUACAAUCCCACUUUUCCUCAGACAUUGAGACACCUAUUUUGUUGUUGUUGCUGUUGUUGUUGUUGCUGUUGUUUAAUUAUUAUAAUUAACCUUAUUUUUUUUGUGGACCUAACCUCAUUUGCUCUGCCCAGCUUAAGAAUGGAAAGAAGGAAGGGAAGGGAAAAAAGAGGGGUUUGUUGUUGCUGUCACUUUUUGGUGAGUGACCCAUCUAGCUUUUGGUGGGAAUUGAAAGGCAGUCCAUUUCUGUCUCAGUCAGCUGUACAUCAUGUCCUGUUUUGGGAUAUUGCUCAACCCUACUAGGUGCUUAAAAGUCGCAAUGAGAUGACACUCAUUUGCAGUUUCAGACAAAUAGGUAGAAAUGUUGCAGAGGAGAUCCUUUUUCAAACAUGUGGAUAUGGUACAGGGUUUCAGUGGCUGGAGGAGAGUGGGGGAACUUUAUUCUGCAGAAUGAACAAUUAUUUUGAAAGCGAAGUAGCUAGGGAUUUAGCAGCACGAAUCAAAGUGGAUAUUCCUUUCAAAAUUACUCUCCUAGGGUGAGCUUUUUUCCUGGGUUCAGUGUGUAUUGCCCCUCUAGAAUGUAAAAAUUAAAUAAAUAAAUGUAUGUCUUAACACUGUACCACAUUACAGCAGUUUAGUUUCAUAAGUCUGAGGGCCUUCUGUGGUAAGUCUGAGGCUUUUUAUUUUUAUUUUCCUUAACUUAUGAAGCACCUUUUUUAGAAUUGUUGAUUUGCUGUUACUGCAUGCCUACAUGUUGACUCACUGGCUUCUUAGAGACCCUCAGGAGCCUUACUUAUUUAGUUGCACCCUAUGUUUUAAGAAAAUAACAUUUAGAAAUAACAUCCAAACUUGCUUCUAGGCCAGGAAGUGACCUAGGAGUGGAUGAGAGUCUGUAGUUUACUCAAGAGGUUCUGCUGCUCUUCUGAAAUAAUUUUGUUUUUAAAAUUAUGGAUUUUGUAAUGACAAAAGUACUAGUAGCAAAGUGUUCUUUAAAUAUAGGUAUAUCUAGAUAUAUGAUUAUAUAAAUACUUUCUCAUUCUAUUAUCACAGUGUUAACCUCUUGGCAACAGCCUAAACUGAGACUCGCAGUUGGGACAAUGCUGGGAGCCAGAUCCUUAGCCAGCAUCAAUCCUUCUAGCUCCAUUAAUUUAAUGGAACUGCCCCAACCACUUCAGCUGCAUCAAGAUACAAGCCUUGACUGUUCUUUCUCUAGGUGACCUCUUACUUGCUAAUUUGCUGAAUCAGUGACUUCCUUUUGGUUUCAAGUCAUCAAUUCUGCUCUAAUUUAGCAAGUUCUGCUGGAUAGCCUUUGCUCUUAGAGAGCACAGAAGUUCUGCAAAUGAACAGGUUGCAUGUAACCUUCCUUACUUCUUCAGAUAGUGAUACAUGGAGAUACAGGUGCUGUGAUUUGAUCUGAACCUGCAGAUUUCAUUUUUAUUCCUAAUUUAUUAAUUUCACUGUAGGGAAAACAAAUAGAGAAGCAAACUCCAGAGCAAGUCCUUGAACUACACACUAGAUAAGAAACCCCACCAAUCUGUUUUGCUUCCUUUCUUUCUCUCCCAAUAAAUAACAAAGCCAGUAACCACCCAGCAAGUUGCAGGUUGUAUCAGUGAAAACUGAGCUUAAACCUGCGUGACAGAUUGCCAUUGAAACCCAACUGUUUGUACCAAUCACAAUUGAAAUGUUGUUGUUUGGCAACAAGAGCACAGCUUGAGAAUGGAAAGAUCUGCAUGGGUUUAACCCCCUCCAGCACACGAUCUCCAUGUGCUUGGUGAGACCUUUUCCAAAGUAUAAAGUUACUAAAGUAUAAAAGAGAGAGCAAGAUCAGGCCAUAAUGAAUUCCCAUCUGCUCACUUCAAUCUGCAUACUUGAUGCAUAUGCCAGUUUGCUGUUCGUUUUGAGGGUACUGGGUUUUUAUUCUGCUUCUCUUCCUAGACCUGGAGCAUUUGAAAGUAGGAGCUGAGUGGUAUUGAUUGAAAUCUUUUUAUGGUGACAUUCUUGGCAGCUAGAACCUGUGUUUAGAAAGGAUACCUGAUGACUGCUUCCCAGCACUGAAAUGCUAUUAAGUAGGAGCUGGUAAAGUCUUACAGUAGCCUAUUAAUUAUAAUACAAUAUGGAAAGAAAUGUCAUCUUAUGUAAUGUGAGAGCUAUCAAGGCUGGGAAUAUACAGGCUUUGGAGAGACAGAUUUAAAGACCUAUUCCCAACAUUGUUCUUAAUGUCAUUGGGCUCCUCCCCCUCCUUCUUUCUUCCACCUAAUGUAGAGGGAGCUCUGGCAAAUGAACCACUGCUGUCCUCCAGACCAUUCUCACUUUCUUGUUCUUGGUGCAAUCAAAGGAGUUUGUGCAGGAGAAAAGUGUGCAGGGAGAUGCUGCAUCACUUUUACUCCAUGUGGUUGAUUCUCUG